CACUUUUCCCGGCCUCACCCUUCCCUCCGCGCCAUCUCCCCCACCCAGCGUCUGCCCGCCAUGGACCGCCUCGAAGCGCUCGGAAACUCGCUGUCCCAGAUCACGAUGUACGACAUCAAGAGCAUGUACAAUCAGGCGAAGAACGUCGUGCUCAACGUCAGCGAGAUAGAGGCGAAGGUGCGGGAGGCGACGAACGAUGACCCUUGGGGUGCGAGCUCCACGCUUAUGCAGGACAUUGCGAAUAGGACCUUUAACUACCCCGACUUCAACGAGAUCAUGCCCAGCAUCUACUCCCGCUUUAUGGAGAAGGAGGCUCGACAAUGGCGGCAAAUCUACAAGUCGCUCCAGCUGUUGGAAUACCUCAUUAAGAACGGCUCAGAGCGUGUCGUAGACGAUGCCCGCUCACACGUAUCUACUAUCAAGAUGCUGCGAAACUUCCAUUACAUCGAUGACAAGGGCAAAGACGAAGGGAUCAACGUGCGGAAUCGCUCUCGCGAGCUCGUGGAGCUACUUUCCGACGUUGACAAGAUACGCUCGGAGCGCCGCAAGGCAAAAGCAAAUAAAAACAAGUACACGGGCACCGGCAGCGAUGGGUUUUCCUUCACAACUAGCGAUGGCUCUCGCUAUGGAGGAUUUGGAAGCGAAAGUGGAUAUGGUGGAGGGUCUAGUGCUUACGGUGGUAGUUCGGCAGAUCGAGGGUCAAAUGACUACUACGGUUCUGGCUCUGGUGGUAGUGGUGGUCGCUCCUCUGGGUUCAGGGACGAACGAAGGUCUGCGACAUUCGACGAAUAUGACGCGGGUGGUGACGAGCUUAAUGCUCCCACCCCAACCAGUCGUUCUCCUCCGACAAGAAGGUCCACGGCUCCGACUGCGACCACUGCCGCACCACCACCAGCCCCGGCGCCUGCUCCCGCCCCCAUCGUUAACUUGUUUGACGAUGAUGACGUUGGGAGCUUCAAUUCACCUCCUGCGCCAGCUCCCCCAGCUAAAACGCUGACUAAACCUGUGGCGCCUGUUAAUGUAUUCGAUGACGACGACUUUGGGGACUUUCAAACUGUUCCCACUCAAGCCGCUCCCGCACCAGCUCCCGCGGCGCCAGCACCAUCGACAAAGCCUACUUUCUUGGACCUUAUGGGCUCAACACCAACACCGAUGGCGCAGCCCGCCAAGCCAAUUGGACUGGGCUUGGGUGGUCCUGCGAAUACCACGAUGGGAAUGGGCAUGGGAAUUCAGCAGGGACAAGGACACCGAUACGGCGGUUCGAUGUCGUCGCCUCCCAUUCAGCCGCAACAAGCCCAGGCACCGAACUACAUGUCUCCCAUUACGCUUCAGGCCCAGCCCGCCCGAGCUGCCAACAACACGCCCUCCACCGCCAACACCAGCGCUGCCGCCAAGUCAAGCGGCGGUGGGUUCGACGACUUGUGGUCGAUGUCGCUGGGUGCGGGGAGCGGCAGCAAGCCGGCAACGCCGAGCGGUGGAGGGAAGAGUAUGAAGGAUUUGGAAAAGGAAAAGGCCGAUGCGGGGCUGUGGGGCGGCGGGCAGCAACAGCAAGCGAAACCGAAACAGCCGACCAUGGGGAUGGGGGUGAGCGGCGGGUUUGGUGCGAUGGGUGGAAGCUCGAGUAGCGGAGGUGGGGGAAUCGACGAUUUGCUUGGUUGA